UCAAAAAAAUCCAGUCACAUAUUCAAAUGACUUAUGACAGAAAAUGGCUACGUGCCUGAUUGAAUUCAUACUCAUGGAAAAAAGUUUGAUUGAUUAUUUUUUUUAAGUAGUCCAACUUAUUUAGAAAGUUGUGUGUGGAUUUCUACAAGCGCGCAUUGGGAUGUUUAGAAGAGAAAAGCAGAGAAGCAACAUAGUCUUGUAUGUCUUUUUCUUUUUCCUCCAAGAAAAACAAAAAGUGAACUUCCUGUUUCGGGGUGGUCCGCAGACUGUGGAGGCAUGGAAGGAGGGUGGGAGGGAAGGGGAGACUGAGAGAGAGAGAGAGAGAGAGAGAGAGAGAGAGAGAGAGAGAGAAGGGGGUGCAUUACGCAUUACGCGUUUGGAGGGGCUGAUCGAGGCAACUUGAGGGACUCCCUUGUUGCUGCCGAACAUGGACCGCCGACGCUUUUGCUUCCCCUCGGGAAGUCCAACGAAGACGUUGGCCUAAAAGAAAGAAAGAACGAAAAGAAGAAGGGAAAGUUUGAACAAAGAGGAUACAUCGCGCGUGCGUGGGAGAAACAAUCCGGACUUCUCGCAUCCGAAAACGCCAAGACAGCAAAAGUGGAACUUGGGAAGCUCUUGCGAGGAUUUUGUGAAGUUUGAUGCAGGCUCUGGUCGGUGGCGUAAGGGGAGCAGUCGGCCGUCUCUGAGCUCCGAUGCCAGUGGACAUGCAGCCACACCAGGGGCUGUAUCGCUAUGACACCUCGCCCGGACAGCCCUCCAGAGGCUUACUGCCCCCGGACCAGUACAGCGACAUCCCCUCGUUGCGAGCUCCGCUACUCAACGGCCCUCCCCAGGACUGCAGAGCCAUGUACAAUCCCAUGACUCCCGGCAUGGCUCACGGAUCGGGCCCGGGACCUGCGCAGAGUAUCGGCCAUUGUUUAGAUCAAUACAUGAGGCCCCCCCAGGCCCCGCUGCCCCUUGGAAUGAUGGGCCACAGGACCAUGGCAUCCACGGAAGCUCCAUGCAACAGCGCCCCCUACAGUACCCAGAACAAUAUGAUGUCCUCCCAUCACAACUUAUGCCAUUCGGCCUCGGAUCAGAUCGGCUCAGUUGACGCAGGCUCCAGGUUCUCCACCCCGCGCUCCAUGCUGAAGCUGAGUAAGAAGCGAGCUUUGUCCAUCUCGCCGCUGUCCGACCCGAGCGUGGACCUGCAGACGGUCAUCCGGACCUCACCCAACUCCCUGGUUGCCUUCGUCAACGCUCGUUGCACGCCCAACGGGGCCAGCUCCUACGGCCAUUUGUCUGUCAGCGCCAUGAGUCCAUCCCAUGGCUAUUCCAGCAACAUGAACUGCCAAUCCAGGUCUCAGGCCUCCAUUUAUGGGGGAGUAGGUGGGGGUACACCACACACACCGGGCGCCUGCCAGGCUUCCCGACUGCCCGCCCACAAUCCUCGUCUCCACGCUCCGCCCAAACACGGACAACUAAAGACAGAGCCUGGGCUGGGAGUGGUGAUGGAUGGCAUGAAUGUGAAGAGCCUGGAGGAGAGGUCUGAGGGAGAUGUGGCCAGCCCUUCCUCCACUAGUACUCAGGACCCCCUCUUGGGUCUCCUGGACGGCCGAGACGACUUAGAUAAGGAGGAUGGCAAGCCCGAACCGGAGGCCGUCUACGAAACCAACUGCCGCUGGGAGAGCUGCAACAAGGAGUUUGACACGCAGGACCAACUCGUUCAUCACAUCAACAACGAGCACAUCCACGGCGAGAAGAAAGAAUUUGUGUGCCACUGGCAGGAGUGUUCUCGCGAGCAACGGCCCUUCAAGGCCCAGUAUAUGUUGGUCGUUCACAUGCGCAGGCACACGGGGGAAAAGCCACAUAAGUGCACUUUCGAAGGGUGCAACAAGGCAUACUCUCGUCUGGAGAACCUGAAGACGCACCUGCGCUCUCACACUGGGGAGAAACCCUACGUGUGUGAACACGAGGGUUGCAACAAGGCCUUCUCCAAUGCCUCCGACCGGGCUAAGCACCAGAACCGUACCCACUCCAAUGAGAAACCCUACGUUUGCAAGAUUCCCGGCUGUACCAAGCGAUACACGGACCCGAGCUCGUUACGUAAACACGUGAAGACGGUGCACGGGCCCGAGGCCCACAUUACCAAGAAGCACCGAGGUGACACGGGCCCUCGGCCGCCUGGCUCAGCCAUGACCGCCGGAGCUCCAGGCACCGAAUUGCUGCUGGAGAAGGAGGAGAAACGACGGGAAGACUGCAAACUGAUGGCACCCGAUAGCGCUCUAAAAUCCCAGCCAAGCCCUGGUGGCCAAUCGUCCUGCAGCAGCGAACGUUCCCCACUCGGCAGCACCAACAACAAUGACAGCGGUGUGGAGAUGAACCUGAAUGCGGCAGGCAGCCUGGAAGACCUCACAGCCUUGGAAGAUGGCGGAACGGCCGGAGGAGGCGGAGGAGAGCCAGGAAGUGGGUCAGCGACGAUGGGAAUGUCGGCUCAGGCUCUCAAGAGGCUGGAGAACCUCAAGAUCGAUAAAUUGAAGCAAAUUCGCCGACCGACACCUCCUAGCCGAUGUCUCGCCAACAAGCUACCUGCACUUCCAUGUUCGGGUGAUUCUUUGGGAAUGUGUGGCCCUUCUCCCCUCCUUUCAAAUCGGCGCGUCAUGGAGCUAUCCAACCAUGACCUCGGAGGCGGGGCCUCGAUGGGCACCAAUGCAAACGAUCGCAGAGGUAGCGGGACAAGCAGCCUGAGCUCCGCCUAUACCGUGAGCCGCCGCUCCUCCAUGGUAUCGCCCUACUUAUCCAGCCGCCGCUCCAGCGAUGUCUCUCAGAUGGGCACCGCAGCCGGCGGUGCAUGCCACCUCCUUGGCCAAGAUCAGAGUAUCGGAGUUCCGCUCUCCCCAGAGAAUUGUCGUAGAGGAGCAACGUGUCCUGGCGGUGGCGCACUGCCAGGUCUUUCUAAUCUGACACCAGCCCAGCAGUACAGCCUGAAGGCCAAGUACGCCGCAGCCACUGGUGGCCCACCACCAACUCCCUUACCUGGGAUGGAUCAACCAGCCACUCCCGGGAGAAGAGGAGGUGUCUUGGGUGACUUCCAAGGGCAACCUUUGCCUCCUUUCCUUCAGCAAUGUGGUCAACGUCGACACAGCGCCAACACAGAGUACGGCACGGGUGUGAUCUACCCUCAACUGGCUCCAGGCAACACCAAUAGAAGGGCUAGUGAUCCGGUCAGAUCGGCAGCAGCAGACCAGCUCGCCCUCCCGAAACGGUUCAACAGCCUCAACAAUGUAUCCAUGAUGGCCCGAAAAAACGCCUUGCAACACCAGGACCACCGCUGCACAAGCAUCGGUCGCCACAUGUAUUCCCCUCUUCCCCCGAGCAUUACAGAGAAUGUCAUAAUGGAGUCCAUGGGUAUGGAGCCCCAACUACCCCCUUUGGAUGUCAGAGACCGUUCCAUGAUGGAUCCACCUAGUGAGAGGGGCUUUGUGGGAUACCAACAGCAGCAGACACUCAGAGGAGGUGGUGGACCACUUCCAAAUCAAUUAUCUCCAAACCAUGACCCCCUGGGCUGCCCGGACCAAAGUUACAUAAAGGGACAUUACCAGAACCAAGGGGAAGUCAUUCCAAGGGUCAAUCCUUUGGGUCAAGCAACGCCUGUUCACCCAGAGGGAAUGUCUAAUACACUUCUUCAACAGGCCGAGUACAGUAUGAGCAACUGUCAGCUCAGUCCGUCAGGACACCAGUACCCGAUCUUGGGGCAGGGGAGUGAGGCCGGAAAUGGUCAAUGGCGCGAUGGUCACAAUGCGGUUCAAAGCUCUCUCCAGGACCAGCGUAGUUUGUCGUAUUCAGAAGCAAGUAUGCAGCCUCAACAGACCCAAAUACACUUCAACAAUCAGACAGGCCUUUACAAAAAUCCAGAGGGGGUACAUAAACUCAACAUCAAGCCUGAGCAGCAGUUCCACCCUGGCAUGGGGAGUGCUGAUGCCUGUCAAAGUGCUAAGCUUCAGCAGCAGCGGCUACUCCUCCAACAGGUUCAGGGUUAUGCCCCGAUAAGGAGCUCAAACAGCAUGAGCUGUGAUUUUCAAGGACAGAACCAGACCUCCUUCUCCAGUGGUGGGGGCUUGAAUUUGGGAUGCACUGGUACCGCUCUUUCUGAAGGACACAGAUCCGAAACCCCCAUGAUGCAGGUAAAGGAGAUGAUGGUGAGAAACUAUGUACAGUCCCAGCAAGCGCUCAUGUGGGAGCAGCAACAAGAACAGCAGCAGAGUCCAAUAAAGCCACCUUCACUCUCUGAGAACGUGGAUCUGGCCAGCCAGGCAUCAAUGAUACAACACAGUCCUCAGCACCCAAAUCAGAACAUGUACUCAAACCAGUCAUACACCCACUACCCCAACCAGAAUCUUGUCAUGAGUCCUCCAACACACAGCCGUGGUUCCGGAUCAGCCGCAACUAACGACCAACAGAUGAUAGGGCUCCAGGGCUCUUGCUACACUCAGGAGAUGGCGGUCCCAAGACCACCUCCUCAAGGACGGAAACCUCUGAGUCGCCAGAACAGCUUGUCACAAGUUGGAGGAGGCUACAUGGGGAGUCCACAACAGCACAGCCCAGCACACUCCACUUCCAACCCGAGAAGAGGCAUCCGGCUGCCUCCAGUCCAGCACACACAGCAACCACAGCAUGAAAUGUUCCCCCCUUCGAAUAAUAAUGUUUACUACUCCGGCCAUAUCCACAUGGACAUGGAGAAACACAUGGAUACCCAGAAUGGACAUCGUCUCCCCCAGCAACACAGCAUGGGAGCCAACGUAGACCCAACGGCUGGUACAAAAUCCGCCCCCAUGGUUCCCUAUUCUGAGGCCUGCCCCAUCCCUAACGCCCUAGAAAACCUGGACCUGGACAACGCGCGCAUAGACUUUACCUCCAUUAUUGACGACGCGGAACCCUCUUCCUUCAGUCCGCUCGACAAUCCCAUUCAGGGUCAGCCGGGGUGUUCCUCCCAGACAUCAUCACGUCUCACCACUCCACAGACCCCCGUCACCCUGUCCAACAUGGCGGUGGGUGACAUGACAUCCAUGCUCACCUCACUAGCGGGGGAGAAUAAGUACCUAAACACUUUAUCGUAAAAGACGACACCAGACCAACAAAUAACCUUGUUUUUAUGUUGCCUAACAGCCACGGUUCACCAGCACAUACUUGUCCUGUUUGGGGAAAUGUACUUUUUUCCCCCCCACAAUUUUUUUUAAUGGAUUAUGUGUCAGGGACAAGGCCUUAAAUCAUUUGAAUGUGUGUUUCUCAAUGUAAGGACAUGAGACUGACAGAGAUUGUUUACCAACUGGAUACCUUUGCUGCACGGACAAUAAUAUGGACUCGAGUGACUCCGUCAGGACUUUAAAACCAAAGGUGCCUACUUUUUCUGUUGCUGCCUUUCUAUGCAAGUGUAUCUGUGCCAUGUGAGUUAGAAUUUGAAAUUCUCUUGAGUUACAAUGUAACUCAGACUCAGAUGUCGCAUAUAUUCUUCCAUUACUGUGUCCUUUUCAGUGUUGGAAACAGCUGCUUGCAUUAUUUCCCAAAAACGGGGCAUUCCAGUGGCAACGAUGGUUACUAGAAGGAUACAAUGUAUAUAGCUUAUACAUACAUUUAUGCUGUAAUAUGUUGUGUAUACGGCAAUAAGACGGCGGGCAAACCUUUUGUCUCGUGAUGAUGCUUUUUGUUUGUCAACGUUCACAAUGCUUUUUAUUUGUCAAAGUUCACAUCGAUGUUCAUACAUUAUGAUGAAGUUCUUUUCGUGGCCGGGGUAGAUACAAACAUGUACUUCGUACUACUAACAAUCUAAGUAGUAGGUAUCAGUAGCCCAGCAGUAUUUCCACACAGUGUAUUGAACGGUACACGUGUAGCCGAUAACACAGACACUCAGGUUGCUGUUUUAAAAUGACAGAAUUGCCUUUUCGAAAAGAAUUUGCACUCAAGACAUUAAUUGAUAGGUGUUAUGAGAGCAGCUGUAUUGCCUGUGGGAAGCUAUUCCCUUCUGAAGUUGAUUUUGCAUUAUAUGACAGGCAUUUGAAAACAUUUUAAUUGUUGUGUCCAAAAAUAUUUUAAUACAGAAAGCAUUUGAUAGGUGGGAGCAGGAAAAGUUGCGCACUCCAUUCUUCUCUCAAUGGCUUGAAUUAAUCAACUAUCAAUGAGUGGUCCACCAGUUGAUAUGUAAUCAGCCACGGCGGCAAAAGAUGAAGGCUAUUUUAAAUUAAACAAAUCAGUUGGUACGUGCCGACCGUUUACUGAGAAAACAAAAAUGUACAUGGCAUAACACGGGCAGCACGGUGGACUAACUAGCAUGUCUGCUUCACACUUCUGCGGAUUGAUGUUCGAAUCAGUCCACAUGUGCUUUUGUGGGUUUUCUCCGGUGACUCCAGCUUCCUCCCACUUUCGAAAAACAUUUUUAAUAGGUUCAUUUCCAACUCAAAAUUGUCCAUAGGUGUGUAUGUGAAUGGGAAUGGUUUCUUUGUCUUUCUGUGCCUUGCGAUUGACCGGCGACCUAUCCAGGGUGGACCACGCUUCUCCUGCCAAAAGUCAGUUGGGAUAGGCUCCAGUUCACCCAAGGUAUUAAAAUAAACAAACAAACAAAAACAAAAAAACAGAUGGCUAGACGAACACUGCAAUUGCAAUAAAAAUACGGUGCAUUGAGGUACGCCUUUGCCAAUCGGGAAACACAUCAUUCACACUGUGGCUUUGCACUGACCGCAGGCUGUUAGCAUUAGCAUCACUGCAAUAACAUUAAAUGCUAUCAUUUUGUUUUGGUCAUGCAACACAGCAGCUGGACUUCGAAGGCCAUGUAUGAACGGAUUGUAGAAUAUGAGUGAGCUACCAAAGACACCUUUACCGCCUGAGAGAAAACACUGCUUAAAACACUAACAAUAAUUAAGCAUGGAACCAUAGCGCAGUUCAUUAGAAUGUACAAGAUGUUUUGGAUGAUUUUUUUUAAUGAAUGACCUUCAUAGUUGAUGCCUUUGACAUGUGCAUGUGUGUUUCGUUUGCAUCCUUUCUUUGGGACUUUUUUUGCUGGCAAAACAAUACAGUAUCACCUUAAGCAAAAGUAAAGGCUAUGAGAGUAUGUAGCAAUAACUAUAAUAGAUUAAAAAGCCAAGUGGUAUAUUUUCUGUACAAUUUUUCUACUUUUUUUUAUACAAAUGUCUUAUAUUUUGCUGGUAUGAAUAAAGAUGUUCAGUUUGCAAUGAA